AUGACGUCAAGCUCAAAGAACGGCGCAUCUGCCGCCCUGGAAAUCAAGACAAAAGAUGGUGUCAAGUUUGGAAAGGAAUUGAGAGAGAAGGAGUUCUUGUUUGGGAACGGAUUCUUGAAUUUGAACCAUGGCUCCUUCGGAACAUUCCCUCGCAUAGUUCGCGAUGCCAUGCGCACUUUUCAAGACGAAUGUGAAGCUCAACCAGAUCCUUUCAUCAUCUACAAGUAUCCCCAAUACCUUGAUCUGGCUCGAGAAGGCAUGGCUAAGCUGCUUAACACACCUUCUUCGACGCUGGUAUUUGUUCCCAAUGCCACGACUGGUAUUAAUACAGUCCUUCGCAACAUCGAAUUUCAACCCGGCGAUCAUAUUCUUAUCUUCAGCACCAUUUAUGGAGCUUGCGAGAAGACUGUGUCACUCAUCACGGAAACUACUCCUGCAGAGAGCGUCAAAAUCGGGUACACAUUCCCCGUUGAAGACAACUGGCUUCUUGAGGAAUUCGAAAAGAAGGUCAAAGAAGUGGAGAACAAGGGCGGAAAGGUGAAAAUUGCAAUUUUCGAUACAGUAGUCAGUAUGCCUGGAGUCAGGAUGCCAUUCGAGCGCUUGACGCAGAAGUGUAAAGAGCUUGGAGUCAUGAGCUGCAUCGACGGGGCUCACGGAGUUGGGCAUGUCGAGAUCGAUCUAGGAAUGUUGGACCCAGACUUCUUCGUGAGCAAUUGCCACAAGUCCGUCUCUUCUCUCUUCUUCAUCUUUGAAAACCCACUGACCGUACGUAGGUGGCUACACGUUCCCCGCGGCUGUGCAAUCUUCCACGUCGCAGACCGGAACCAAGGUGUUAUACGCAGUACCCUUCCGACCUCUCACGGCUUCAUACCGAAGGGCGAAAAGCCUGUCUCUCCCUUCCCAAAGCGGACUUUCGCCCAGUCUCACGCCCAGCCGGGCAUCGAACAAAACUCCUCUGAACAAUCAGCUUUCACCAAGUCAGCGUUCGUUGAUAUGGAGAAACCCGCCUUUGUUGCCAACUUCGAGUUUGUGGGUACCAUUGACAACAGCCCGUACUUGUGUGUACCCACAGCCCUAAAGUGGCGAGAGAAUAUCGGAGGUGAAGACGUUAUCAGGAACUACUGUCAAACUCUCGUUCGCCGAGCUGCCCAACAUGUUGCACAGAUCCUCGGCACCGAGGUCAUGGAAAAUAGUACUGGCACACUCGGACGGUGCUGCUUGUCCAACGUGCGCCUACCAAUUUCGCUCCCUAAAGUUCAAGAUGUCGCGACCAAGCAUGGAAUUGAUAAAGAAGAUGUUGGCAUCAUGGUGAGGGACUGGAUGAAAAAGCUAAGUUGCGAAGAGUACAGCACUUUCAUCAUGAUCUACUGGUACGGUGGUGUUUGGUGGACGAGAUUGAGCGGCCAAGUGUAUCUGGAGAUGAAGGACUUUGAGUGGGCUGCCGAAACGCUCAAGGACAUGUGUGCGAGGGCUGAAAAGGGAGAGUGGGCUGUUCCAAAGACCAAACUUUAG